GUUGGGGAGAAGCUGGCCAGAACCCGAGCUACCAUGCCCCGGCUGUUUACCGGCUUUGCCGCGACUACAUGAAGAAAAAGGCUGGGCAGUACGGAUCCUCCGCCAGUGAAGGCGACGACCUGGAGGCAGAAUGGGACAAAGUCAUCAUGACCAGCUACAGAGCCCUGUGGUCGGUCCAGUGCCCCUCUACCGGCCUGGUACCGAACUGGGCCAAAAUCUGGGAGGAGGGCGACGUCUUGAAGGCCACUGGUGGAUUCUCUGGCAGCGGAACCCCUGGCCAAGAGUUCGGGGCAGAAGCUGCUCGUACGAUGUGGCGUGUCGCUUUGGACUACCUCCUUUUCCCUGACGCCGGGGAAGCCAGGAGCUUCCUGGAUCCCGUGGUGGCACACCUGGAGACAAAGGAGAGAUGGACAGGAAAUUGGUGGGACAACUGGAUUGACUACCUCAAUGUCGACCCCAGCUGCAUCGUCAACCAAGUUUUUGGAGGUUGGUCUUGGAACUGGUUCGUAGCCGGUCCGACGUGGAGCUCGCUGGUCUGCCCUGUGGACUCCGUUCAAGCAGGACGACAGCAACAGCUGAUCGAUGCAGCCGGACAGCGGCUGGUACACCAGGGCAUCAGCGACUACUACGGCGGAAGUUGGCUCGCCAUUUCCACCAUCACUCUGAAUGGAGAUAUUACCAAUGCGGCAAGGCGAAUUGGGCUGGUGGACUCUGACUAG